GCCAUUUAGAGGAGGAACCAAUGUAACAAGUAAUGAUAGAUUUCGCUCGCGACGCGCCUAAUAACAACAGUUCUUCCUAUGCGUUCGGCCGCGAGAUGCUCGAGCGAAUCAUAUUUCUUUCCUCGAAGACACCGAAAGCGACGGUGGCCGAUCCGCGGACCGAAAGAGAUUGACUUCCGAUCGGUGACCCCUUUCCCCGACUGUAAUGACAUGAGCGCUCCAGCAGGAAGCUCGCAUCAUUCUGUGUUUGGAAACAUUGUAGCCAAGUAUUUUGCUUGUGCGUCUUUGGGGGCUCAUGGGAAAUAUUUAAAUCGCUGUUUAUUGUAGAUUGUGUUGUUUUAUUAGAUGCUAUAGACGUGUAUCGGGUUCGUCCUUUUGGGCGCAUCAAAAGAAAGCAAAUACUGAAGCCAAAUGGAAAGCUGAACCAUGGCAGCAAAGGAUGACCUAUAUGCCAAAGUAGCUCCACGGAUGCAGCGGCAGAACCGGCCUGGGACUGUCAAACAUGGAAAUAGUCUGGACGUGUUGCUGUCAAUGGGCUUCCCCAAAACCAGGGCGCUGAAAGCUCUGGUUUCAACUGGGGGCAAAAAUGUACAAUCAGCCUGCGACUGGUUGUUCUCCCAUGUAGAUGACCCCUUCCUAGACGAUCCUUUACCCAGGGAAUAUGUGCUGUACCUGAAGCCCACCGGCCCUUUGCUCAACCAACUCUCCAACUUCUGGCAACAGAGUCGUCUCACCUGUGGCAAGAACAAAGCUCACAACAUCUUCCCUCACGUAACCCUCUGCCAGUUCUUUAUGUGUGAAGACGGUAAAGUAGAUGCCCUUUCUGAAGCCCUGCAGACAGCGGUUGGUCAAUGGAGAGGUCGGUUUCCAUCCCCUCUCCCUCUGGAGUUAUACUCAUCAUCUAACUUCAUCGGCCUUUUUGUGGAAGAGAAGGUGGCUGAGGUUAUCAAGGGCUUUGCUGCAGACUUUGCCACUGAGGCGGCUUCCAAAGCAGAUGUUCAUGUAGAGUCUCAUAAAAAACAGCUCCAUGUAACUCUGGCCUACCAUUUCCAAUCCAAUCAUCAUGCAACAUUAGAGAAACUUGCCAAAGGCGUAGACAUAAGCCUGAGCUGUGACUGGCAGGCUGUGCUCUUUUCACGGGACAUCCGAUUCGCCAAUCAUGAGACUCUGCAAGUGAUGUACCCUUAUGUGCCUCAGAAUGAUGAUGAGCUGGAGCUGGUGCCUAGUGACUUCAUCUUCAUGUCACCUUUGGAACAGGCCACUGCCAGCGAGGGCUGGGUCUAUGGGACUUCUAUGGGCACAGGCAUAUCUGGACUACUACCGGAAAAUUACGUCAACCGGGCAGAUGAGUGUGACACUUGGGUCUUUCAUGGAUCUUUUUCUUUCCUGAAUGGAAUCCCACCAACCAAUAGUAUGGGUGCAAUGGGUGGGCUUUUCCUUGACGCACACAUGGACGGUCGUCUCCUUGAUGACCCCAACCCAAUCGACUCAUCCAGUCUUGGUGUCAUUUGUCAGUCUAUGCAGAUCCUACGACCCAAUCAGUCUCGAAUGCCAAAGAGAGCAUUGUUUGUGUGCCGCCAUGGUGAGAGAAUGGACGUAGUGUUUGGGAAACACUGGAUCACUCAGUGCUUUGAUGCCAAAGGGCGCUAUGUGCGGUCUAAUCUCAAUAUGCCACCGAGUCUCCCAGCGAGGAGUGGAGGAUACAGGGACUAUGAUAAGGACUGUCCUAUCACUGUGUUUGGAGCCACACAGGCUCGCCUAGUUGGGGAGGCGCUGCUGGAAAGUCAUGCGGCGAUAGAAUUUGUGUAUUGUUCUCCAUCUCUUCGCUGUGUGCAAACAGCUUAUAAUAUCCUCAGAGGUCUUCAGCAGGAUGGUAAGACUAAGAUCAGAGUCGAGCCGGGUCUGUUUGAGUGGACUAAAUGGGUUUCGGGAACCUCUUUACCUUCCUGGAUCCCUCCUGCGGAUUUGGCAGCUGCUAACCUUGGUGUGGACACAACGUACAGACCUCAUAUAUCCAUCAGUAAACUUGGCGUGUCCGAGUCCUACGAAACAUACAUCAGUCGCAGUUUUCAAGUGACACGUGAAAUCCUGUCAGAGUGCAAUAAUUCGGGAAAUACAGUGCUGAUUGUGGCCCAUGCUUCCUCUCUGGAAGCUUGCACUAGGCAGAUUCAGGGAGUCACUCCGCAAAACUCUAAAGACUUUGUGCAAGUGGUCAGAAAGAUACCAUACUUAGGCUUUUGUGCCUGUGAAGAGAUGGGUGAGACAGGCGCCUGGCAGCUCGUUGAUCCGCCCAUCCUGCCACUCACCCACGGACCCAAUCACAGCUUUAACUGGAGGGAAACACUGCUGCAGGAUUGAAACGCGUUGCAACUUUACCAUCAUUGCUCUUCUUCCAAACGCAACAGAGAUGUGCUUAGUCACGCAUUUCUCUCGCAUCACAGACUUGCAUCAUACCAUAAAAGGGUCAUGCUUCCAUACCCAAGUUCUCGCACUGCUGAAGUACACGCACCCUUGACUCUUGGUCUUAUAUAUGAGUGCAGUAAUAUUGUGCUUAAAUGGCAUGUGGUCAAGGGUAAAACAUCAACAAGUUUAAAACCGUAGCAGAUUACUUUAAAACUGAGCUGAACCUUUGAAAUCUUCCUUCCAAUCUGAACACACCUAAAGUUUGAGACCUUCAGGCACAGGCUACGUGUCUCACACAGGAUGCCAAGACAUAGAGCAUACGUCAAAUACAUGAUGUAACCCACGGUGAUAAACUCAGGUUUCCCUGAGAAGGAAAUUUGGUGCAAACUGCGUUAAAGUUGAUGAGUCAUCAUCCAACACUUCCAAAUGGAUGCAGCUGGACUGAGGUUGGAUGUACGUACACUUCUCAAACUCAAUUUUACUAGACUCCAGAGUGGAACGUGACUUCUUCCUUAUACACUGUGAACAAAGUAGACAUGCACAACCUAUUGCAGCAAGAUUUUCCCAUUACACCUUCCUUCUCAUAGAUCUGCUACAAGCCCGCACACCGGUUUCCUUAAAGCACAAUAAUCUGGCAAUCAGACUUAGACAAAGGAGCUUUAAAGUAGUUAUAGAAAUGGAUUCGGAGGUCAGCACAUUCGUCCUGUGCCUUGCUAACAUGCUGCUACUAUUUAAAACUUUGCAACUGUAGUAUAUUCUGGGAGUACUGUUAGUAAGGGCUUAGUAGUUGGAGAGGAACAUCCCAAAUGCUGUCAGUCUUUUUAGCAUGUAGGGUUGCUUUGCGAGAUUAGAAGGUAAAUCCGUCAGCAUACUUUUGAAAAAUGUGUCACGAAUAGUUUCAUCAUCUUAAACAAGCAUUUCACAAACAGCUUGAAUAAAGUUAGGUGCCGCAAUUCUAAAUACCAUGCAUUGCUAUGUGCUAGUAAGGCAAGCUUUUCUUUCUGAGCACUUAAAAAUCAAACCAAACAGGAUCGCUUCAAAAAUGUAUAGAACUGUACAUUAAUGCUAACGUGUCUGUAUAUACUAAGUAACAGUAAAAACCAUUUGAUGUGUUUUACCCUUAAACGGAUAAUGUAUAAUUGCAUUUAUUUAUGUAUUCAUUGUAAAGAUAAUUUGUUGGUGCUUCAGAUUUUUGUUUCGUUAUUUCCUGUUACUGAAAUCAAGCCAUAACAAAUAACUAUAUAAAUCACUAUAUAAUGCAGUGUUUAUGUCCACUCCAGGAACUUUCAUAAGUGUAUCCGUUACUGCUUUAUGCUAGCUGUACUUACUAAUCUUGUUUUAUCCCACAAUGAUUUGCCAUUUAAUGGAAGGAAGAACCAUGCAUGAUGAAAUAAUAAGGUUUUUAUAUAUUACACGCUGUCAGGGUGUACUGUUUCAGUGCAUAUUCCUAUUUAAUUUAUACAGCUAUGCUUUCAUAAAAUGUGCCAAGGGCAUUGGAACAGGUUAUUUUGUUGUUGUUGUUUUUGAUCUUUUCUCCAAAUUUUUCCUGUCAAUGAAGACUCCUGGAACAAUUAAACCAUUGUAGAGAACAUAUUAGCUUCCCACUCAUGAAUUUGGAUGAGACAUUUAUCACAACAAAGAUAACUUGAUCAAGAAAAAUCAGCCACAGUUGACAUUUAGCUUUUCGUAAUCCCAAUUGAAGUAACCUUAUUAAACCCAUCAUGUAAUAAAUCACAGUUCUUCCAAUAAUGGGAAUAUACGAAUAAGCCAUCAGGUGAAUCAUUUUGUUAGUACCACAGAGGGCUAAAGAAGUCCAAAUUGACAAAAGAUGAUUCAGACGUUGUUUGAGUCACUGAGAGGUGAUAUUGUCAACGCAUAUUUUUAGAAGCAUGCUAAAGUGUGCAACCUCUGAGUAAAGGAAGAGUUGGGAAACAGGAGCUAAAGGUCUUAAUUGAUUCUUUUUUUGAGCAACACAAUAAAUCCAUUUUCUGAUGCUCUUAAGGAUGUUCUUAAAACAUGAUCUGACAAAUUCAAUUUAUUUAUAUAGCGCUUUUCACUAUGUGACCAGUUCUAAACAUUUGUUGAGUUUUUUGUGUUAUGUUUGUGUACAAUUGGAAACAUUGCCGAUCAAUGACUGAGACAACAGUGAAUGAAUGACCAAAAAAGGAGGGUUAAAGAAGUAUUGCAGUUAUUGUUUUUCAGUGCUUUAAGUACUUAGGUUGACUGAGUGUUUGAGUUUAAUGCACCGUCAUUAAAAAAUCCCAAAGCAUAUGACAUUCAAUUACAAAAAACUACCUUUAUAAAUAUGGUUGUUUACAUUUAUUUUAAGACCUAAUGCAUAACGGUUGUAAAGCAUGUUUGCAAAUAAAUAUUUUGUUAUCUGCA